AUGGCAGAAUCAAAUAAUCAAGAGAAUAAACAAGAUCUAACUCAAGAUGAAGCUUUAAAAUUAUAUACAAAUACUUUAAAUUUCAAUGUUAUAAGUCGUUAUGAUCCAAAUAUUAAGCAAUUAUUAUGCCAUACAUCUCAUUGUGUAAUAUAUCAUUAUAAUGAAGAAGAAGAAUGGAUUAAAACUGAUUCAUCUGGUCCUUUAGCUUUAUAUGUUAGAGAUUUUAAAAUACAGUCACAACCAAAAGCUUCAUAUCAUGAUUUACAAGAAUUAUUUUGUUAUGGUUUAAUAUUAAUGAAUAGGUCACAACCUGAAUGUUUUUCAUUGGGGUUAUUACCAAAUAAAAUAAGUAAACAUUAUUUCCCUAAGGGAGUUAAUUCAUCAAAUGUACUGGAAAUGGAAGUUGAAUUAAAUGACAGUUUAAUAAUUGUUAAAAAUCUAUUAGGUGAAAUAUAUGGAUUAUGGAUAUUUAACAAAGAAGAUAGAAUUAAACUAUUCAAAUCUAUAGAGUUUUGUAUAAAUAGUGAAUCAAAUAUGAUAUAA